AUCGGUGCCGACAGAUGCUGAAUAUGCAUGAAAAGAGGGUCUGUUUGUGGGUGGAGCCUCACAGGCUGACUCUGAAAGAGGAUGAAAGGGAAGUGAAGCGAGUAACAGCACCAUUCAAUUCUCCAGCACUGCGGUAUCCCCGGACUGAAAAGGCGCACAUUCUCCAUCAUUUUAGGGGGGCACGUUUGUCUGCCUCCCCUCUCCCCUGGACUCCCCUGGAACAGAUUGCAUUGAUGCACCAGUACCCUGUUUUCAUCAGACGUCUGAGCUGGCUGUCUACCCACCUCAUACCUCGGAGCUGGCCAUCCCUCCUCUGUCUCCCACAGGGUGGACUGACCAGACCUCCACCAGAGUGACAUAGACAUGGGCUGUCGGCUUUCUGGACAGGGACAGUGGGCAGACAGUGGGGAAGGGGUCAAAGGGCGCGACCUGUCCCAUCUUAGCCGUCAAGAGGCAUUGCAUGUCCUGGCCAGUUGCUAUGACCAGCCAAUCACUACACAGAUUGAAGAGCAGCCUGGGCGAAGGAGACGACCCCAUCAUUCCCAGUACCCAGUGUCUGAAUGCAGCACCCAGUUGAAGCGACCAUCCUGGGAGGCUCUGAGGGCAUUAGGGGUGGUGGAGGGGACCAGGCCGGAUCUUGGGGCCUACACCGUUGGGCCUUACUACGAUCACAUGACGCUUCCUCCAGAAAUCUACGCUGCCAAUGGAUUCCUCCCCAGUGUUAGCUACAAUAUGGAAGAAGUUAACAGGCUGGAGUAUGAUGAUGAUACAGAGAUGAUGAAUAACCAGCCCAGUAAUAGUUGUCUGAUGGGCUGCUGUAACACUGAUAACGAUGAGCCUAGCAGCUUCCUGAGCCAGAGCGAGUAUGAGGGCCACUGGCUUGACAGGCCACCGGGCUACCUGCCACUCCACGAGCUGGACAGCGGCCUGGGCUGCACUGACGGCAGCCUCCACCAGGAGGACCUCUCCGAUCCAGAGACGGAGGACGGAGUAGAGGCCCCCAUGUCCUCCCCUCCAGGACACACCAGCCGUGGAAGCUCCCCCUCCUCUGAAUCCCUCCUCUCCUCAGAGCCCAGCGACUCUGGCUUCCACAGCGUUAGCACAGGGGACUUCCGCCACUUCCAGAAGAUUAUAGACGGGAGGAUCCACAACUACAGGAGUCGCGCGGAUCAAGGUCUAGCCGGGACCUGGAGAUCAAAGUCUCGCUGGGACCUGGAGUCCAUCCCAGAGACCCUGAGCUGUGACCCCCAGGCUGGAUCUCACACGGCCAUUACCCACCCAUGCACCAUGGAGGGCGGCUCCAUUCAGUUCUGCAAAGCCAGGAGCCCCCAGCCGACCAGGCACGGCACCAGGCCUGCUCCCAGGGUUGCUUCCAGCUGCCGUACUGAACCCUGCCAGAGGAGAGCCCUGAUGCUGAACCAGCACUCCUCCGAGGACCUCCCCAGCCGCAGCCACACUGUACAUGACUUAUCAGACAGAAGACGGGCCAGUCACCCAGCACUGCCCGCUGGGAACUACAGACAACCGGCCAGCAGCCCAAACCACCUGGCUGUGCCCACUGAGAACUCUGGUCCUAUACACUAUAACAGGGGCUUCAACACAGACGUCAGUGAGAAAAGGAGGCAUCUGAGUAACCAAGUGGAUGGCACCUGGCACAGAGAAUAUGAUGGGGAGCAAAGAGGCAGUAUGGCCAGUGAGGAAUGUAACAGUGAAGGACAUUGUCUUUCCAGGAGUCCCUCAAAGAAACCGCCUGGGAAAGAGUCAGCCGACUGGCGUCAGUUUGCAACACUGGGACACCCUCACGUUGGUGGGGAUUGGCCCCGAGCACACAGCCCCUGUGAUCCCCUCUACAGCACACUGGAUGGGCCCUCUGCCCGUUCCAGGAGGGGUCUCUCUGGGAACCCCAGGGCGGUGAGGAACCAGCUCCUGAAGGCGCGGGCCUCUCGGCUAGCCGAUGAGCGCAGCGAAGUCACCACAGAUGAGGAGGCUCGUGGGGAGGCCUGGACAGGCCGCUACUGGAGCAGGACGGAGCGCCGGCGCCAUCUGGCUUUGGCCCGGGCGCAGAGACAGCGGAGGCUGAGCCGUGAGGCUGAGGUGCCGGGGGAGGAUGGGUCCGGGGGCGCAGGGGGCCCUGCAGGCUGCAGCACAGUACUGGAGCUCAGCCACAGGAAACAGAGCCGUCUGAGGAACCAUAAACUGCUGGAUGACUGGACCACAGUUGAGGAGCUGCUGACCCAUGGGACACGGGUGGGGGAGGGGGACAGCAUCUUAUGUCACAGCCCUCUGCUCUCUGUUACCACAGUGUAGGACAAGUAUGUGUGUAUGCACGCAUGUAUUUAUACAUGCGUGUGCAUUUGUGGGUAUGUGUGUAUUUGUGUGUGCUGUAGGCCAGCCUGUGUGUGUGUGUGUGUGUGUGUGUGUGUGUGUGUGUGUGUGUGUGUGUGUGUGUGGUGUGUGGUCCUGUGUGUCAAAGCAAGUGUGUGAUAUCGGUAUGACUGAUUCAGAAGAUGGUCAGUGACAUGACAUCAGUUGCUCUACCUCUUGUUCUCCACUCAUGGUCUUGGACACAAACCUGGACCAAAGGCGACUCCAAACGGUUGAUCUCAAUUUAGUGGUAGUUCACAAACCAUUUAUGAUUAGCCCAAGAAACAAUUAAGGUACAUGCAGUCUUCACAUUCCACCAUAAUCUGUCAUGAACAAAUUUCAUGAGUAUCAGACACCAAAGGUUUCCCUUCUACUAUUUAAUUAAUGUGACACUGACAUUACACCACCCCUGUUUCGCCAUUAUUGUCUUAAAAAGCCAAACCAAACACAGUAUCUGGCAAUUUAUUUCUAUGUGGUGCACACAUUUAUCACAUUUGGUAAAACUUUGCACUUUCUUCUGCUAAGCUAACCUAGCGGAGGUAGAUCAUGAGAAAGUACAUCAUUUGUAUUUGUUAAUUGUAAGAAAUGACAGCAGCAGUACACUACAGAUUAAUUCAAGGCCGGCAUAAUACUUGCAAUUAAAGGGCCAUAUGCUAUGGGGAUGAACUCUUCUCAAUAAUUGUUAUAUUCAAUCAGACCAAAAUAGUGCAUUGACAAGGACUCAGAACAUUCAGUCUAUUUUCUCUAUAAAUAUUGACAAUUUGAAGAACCAAAAUAGAUUUUUUUGGGCCCAACAAUAAAAUCUUGUUUAAUAAUCAGAUUUUACCAGGUCUCUUGACAGAUACUUCGGGAACUUUCUCUUGUACAUUUAGCACUAAAGACCUGGCCUGAGAAAUGUUACAGGGGAGAGAAGAUGAGAAGAAUGUGCCUAAAUGAAAACAAAAUAUUAGCUUUUUCAUUGUUUUAAAGCAGCUCCCACAUCAAAUACUUUUGGAGACCCCUGCUAUAAAGUUAACGGUGUGGGUUUUGAGUUAGCAACUAAAGAUAGAUAGUUUUACAUGGUGAGUUCUUCCAUUAACACACAAUUACCGUGAAUUUGCUUGUUUGCCCAAAGAAUAGAUACUGGAAAUAAUAAAUAAUAAUAAAUUUGGCUACAGAACGUUGCCUUGGUUUAAAACCACAAAGUUGCAGUGAAACAGACAUCACAUAUUUUGUAUGAAAACUCAGGUAUUCCAUAGUGCGUUGUAUCUACUGCACAGGGACAAGUGUCCCAUCCUAUUCACAUGAGGAAUGCACUAUGAACCAGUCAGUCUUUCAAGAUGCAUUCCUCCCAACACUCACAUCAGAUAUGUGAGUUUGUAAAUAAGUGUAUGUAUUUGGUUGAUUGUCCUUUAGGAAAUAGAAUGUUAGAGCUAAUCAGAGACCCUCAAACUGGGACCAUGGGCCAUAAUUAUGUGUCUACAUAGCAUGUGAAUGGUUAUUCACCUCAAACUUCAUGUAAGUUGUUGCACAAUCAAUGUUUGUGGUCAUAAAACAUGAUCUUGUUCUUGUGCCACCUUGUCACUUUUGUUUGUUUACAGUGUUAAAUAAGAAGAGAGUAACUUUCCUCUCAGCAUGUAGAUUAUCCUCAAUAUAUAAGCCUGCCAACUGAACAUGACAGAACUAUUUCCUACUGUAUAGCUCACAUGAUCACCUAUCUAACUGGGCUUCAAGUCACAAAGCUGAUUUCCCAUAAUAUUGCUGUUUGUCAGACAUUUUGAAUGAUGUGUCACGGCAUUUCAGUCUGUUGUGGUUUGGCUUCUGCUAAAGACGACAUAUUUUCCGGGUACAGUCCAUAGCACGUUAGUGUGACAUUACCCAAAACAAAACGUCUAACUCUGUUAACAAAAAAGAAAAAAACUACUGACAGUUGUUAACUUACACUAAAAAUAUGAUAAAAUCAUGUGAACAAUUAUCAACUUUAAUUAAAUACACAUUCUAGCCUAGAAUAUGACCUCCUAAUGUUUUCAUUUGUAAUCUGGAUCAUCCCUGUGUGUCCAAGCCCUGCUAAUCUUAAGGAUAAAUAUAUAAAUGCGUUGACACAUAGUAUUGUUGUUAUGAAUACUUUAUUGGAAUUGCUCUAAUAAAAAAAAAC